AGGACUCCAUUGGAUUCAAAUCAAAGCACUUCGCCUCUUGACGCACUUCCGGACUUUACGCGGAGAUCUUAUUGGAUAGGUCUUAUACAGCGCUAUCAAAGAGGGUAACUCAUCAAAAAGCAUGAAGUUGGAGGUGUUGUGUGGAAGCCACUAUGACAUGAAACAUUUCGAGAUGUCCAGUGAUGCAGAGGGGAGUGUGCGCUCUCCUCUUUCUGCUGAGGAGGAGCUGGGGUCGGAUGGGGACUGCGUGGCGCACAGCCCUCCACCUGCUCCAUGCACCAGCACCAAAUCCAAGCCGUACACACGGAGACCCAAACCCCCGUUCUCGUACAUCGCUCUUAUCGCGAUGGCUAUCCGGGACUCCACCACUGGACGUCUGACUUUGGCUGAAAUAAACGACUACCUGAUGAAAAAGUUCCCGUUCUUCAGAGGCACCUACACCGGCUGGAGGAACUCGGUUCGACACAACUUGUCCUUAAAUGACUGCUUUCUCAAAGUGCUCCGGGACCCGUCCAGGCCCUGGGGAAAAGACAAUUAUUGGAUGCUCAAUCCUCGCAGCGAAUACACCUUUGCUGACGGGGUGUUCCGGCGCAGAAGAAAGCGCAUUCAUAAAAAGUUCAGCAGGGAGUCAGAGGUGUCCGAGCACGCAGUGGAGCCGCAGAGCGUUCAGCAGUCUGCACCCGCCACCAAGACUGAUUCACGUGUCAAGUUUACCAGUUCAUUUGCUAUAGAUAGCAUCCUCAGCACGCCGUUCAAGAGGGACUCACACAAAGAACAUUUACCGCUCCACCCUGCCUUCACCUGGCCGCGCAAUACUGAGCUAAUGGUGCCUCAUUCAAAUACACCUGCCUCAUUUCCAUACGUCAAGUCACCCUGCCAUAUGGACUCCUCUGCUGCGCAUGUGUCAAAUGCCUGUGACUACGGCCUGCUUUUACGUACUUGCGACAUCACAAAUAAAUGCGGACUCUUUUUUAUUUGAUGAUUAAAAAUCAUCAUUGUGCACUGCUGAUGAGUUAAAAGGGAUUAAACGUUGUUGUGGUGGAAAGGUGUUACACUUUCUUAUUUUGGUACCCACCCACCCUCUUUACCCCUUCAUCGGAUAUGAUC